CAAGGAGUGAGGCAAGUUGGCUGACAUCAUUGGGCCGCAAGAAGAAACCAAAACCAAAGUCAUCCUACUCACACAAAAGCAAACUUCAAGCAAUAAAAUCUAAACUAGCUGCUGAGCAGGUUGACAACCAUAUGGAAGAUAUGAUCUCAUUCUAUGAUAUGGAAGUACCAAGUGACCAGGAAUGUGAGCUUCCCAUGAGAAAGAAGAAGAAAGAUCAAAACAAUUUAGAUGUUACAAAUGAAAUGACCAAAUCCCCUAAUCUUCACUAUUCUGAAUCUUCAGUAAAGCAAAAGCAGAAACAGACUAUAAGCAGGUCCCCCAAACAGAAGAAAAAAAUAUUCAAACCCAGAAGUGACCUUUUUGAAGCCACAACAUCGCAUGUUGAGAAGACCCCCAAAAUAUCAGCAAAGUCUAAAUCCAGACAAAGACAAUAUGGUUCUCUUGAUGUUCAGAUCUGCAAGACUCCAAUCACUCCAAAAA